GCCUUCGCAAGGGCUUCUGGGAAUCCGAGGCCCGAGGCUUGAGCGACCGCCCUUUUUGGAUCAACGAGAGUAGAACAGCGCUACAUGCGUCGAGGGAAAUACUAUCGCAAAACAACUUUCUGAAGCAGCGUAACCAAACUCGAGAAAGGGAUAAGGUCGAUAAUGGCGGCUGAGGUGGAGGUGGAGCUGGAGGGAGGCAAUGAGUACCCAGCGCAUUACAAAGUCAUGAUGGACAAACUUAAUGAACAACGGCAGCUGGACCAGUUCACAGACAUUACCUUGAUUGUGGAUGGACAUCAGUUCAGAGCCCAUAAAGCAGUGUUGGCAGCAUGCAGUCAGUUUUUCCAUAAGUUCUUCCAGGAUUUUACCCAGGAGCCACUGGUGGAGAUAGAAGGAGUGAGUAACACGGCCUUCCGCCAGCUGAUGGAGUUCACUUACACAGCAACACUGGUCAUAGUCGGAGAAGAGGAGGCCUUUGAUGUCUGGAAGGCGGCUGAAUAUCUCCAGAUGCAGGAAGCCAUCAAAGCGCUCAGCAAUAAGAUAAAUGAGAAUCCCUCACUGACGGCAAAGAGCAAAGGCAAAAAGAGGAAGAUUGCUGAGACGUCUAAUGUGAUCACAGAGAGCCUACCCUUAGUAGAAGGGGAACAGGUGGAGAUUGAGGUGAUUGGAGAAGGGGCCAUUGAGGUGGAGGAGACCGGACUGGAGGAGGUGGUCGAUGCAGCCAAGAAUGCUCAGGAGUCGUCGGAUGACUCUGCUUUGGCUCUUCUUGCUGACAUAACCAGCAAAUACCAGCAAGGAGAACCUACGCUACAGGUCGUUAAGAAGGAAGGAAUAGAAGAGGAGGUGGUGUAUCAGGAGGAGACCGUCACUGCCUCCAAGGUGCUGGAGAACGUCGAGGUUGUAGAGGUCCAGAUUUCCCAAGUAGACAACAUGUUCCGCUGCAACAAGUGUGACCGCAGCUUCAAGUUGUACUACCACCUCAAACAGCACUUGAAAACGCACCUGGGCUUGCUGGAAAAACCCCACGUGUGCAGCCACUGCGGGAGAGCCUACACGCGGGAGGGCGCCUUGAAGCAGCACAUCAGCACAUUUCAUUUUGAUGCAGAAGAGCUGUCUCGAAACCAGAAACCCCAAAAGAAAGUGCACGUCUGUGAAUACUGUAAAAAGCACUUUGACCACUUUGGCCACUUUAAGGAGCAUUUGCGGAAGCACACAGGUGAAAAACCGUAUGAGUGUCCAGAUUGCCAUGAGCGAUUUGCAAGGAACAGCACACUGAAGUGCCAUAUGGCAGCCUGUCAGAACGGGGCUGGAGCCAAGAAGGGACGCAAGAAACUCUAUGAAUGCCAGGUCUGCAGCAGUGUCUUCAACAGCUGGGACCAGUUCAAAGACCAUCUUGUGAGCCACACAGGCGACAAGCCCAACCACUGCACAAUGUGUGACAUGUGGUUCACCCACCCUAAAGAACUAAAGGCCCACCUCAAACAAGUCCAUUCCAUUGAGGACACCAAGUCAACCGAAGAGCUGGUCAUCACCGACUCUGCCGCCACUGCCGCCCUCGCCAUUGCAACGCAGAGCAUAGAAGGAUCCGACACGGUCCUGCUGGAUGAUGGAAUCCAGGUGGAACACGUCACAGUGGAGCCUGUGGAUGUGAUGGAGAUGGGGGAGACCGCAACAGUCGUGAUGGAGGACGGAGGGGUGACGGAGAUGUGCGAAGAGGACGUGGAGAGAUUAAAGCAGGCCGGGGUGCAGAUCCAGGUGGUGCACGUGACCACGACUGAAGUUGACGGGCAGCAGGUGGUGAACUCUCAGGUGGAGGUAGAGAUGGAGGGGGAAAUGGUGAGCGUUGAGGAGACGGAACAAGCCGUCGUAUGAGAAUGUGAAAAGGACUCGUAAAGGACUUGCUGGACACUUUGAGUCACGAGCAGCUGCAUGGUCAUGUAGCUGACGUAUUUUCAAUAAAGAACACUGCAUGUGGGAUACAGCAUGUAGCCUAAAAAUGUCCUGCUGGCCGCCAUCGCAUUGAACGACUCUGUUUCCACCACCUCUCACUCUUUGAACUCUGAGAUAUGGAGAGUGACAGAGACAUAAAAUUAAUGAUCCUGUAUUUAUUUCAAAGCUGUUUGCCAUCACAUCGUGUACUCUUAAUGACUCUACAGUGCUUCAUCAAUCAAUUUUUAUGCUUUUUUUUUUAUUUGUGUCCUUAUUUUAUUCAGAUUUCUAUUAUGUUCUCUCCGUUUGAGUCACUUGCCAAGACAAUUUGACGAUGAAUGAAAUGUUUUUGUUGCAGCUCAUUAGACAGCGUAUGUGUGGUGCUGACGAUCCUCAGUGCUAAUGCUACAGUUUUAUUCAAGCUCAUUUUUCAUAUUGACUUUUGGUGUUUUUGUAGGAAAAACUGAUACGGAAUAAACUGGUUUCCAGACUGGGCUACAGGUCUGACA